AUGACUUACAAGAACAUCGUUAUCGUUGGCGCAAGCGGGAGUAUUGGUAAGAUUAUCCUCGAGGGCUUGAUCGCUGCCGGCGGAUUCAACAUCACCGCCCUCUCUCGCGGGGAUAAUCCUGCUACUUUCCCACCCGAUAUCUCUGUUUACAAGUCGGAUUUCUCCAACAGCGAUCUUCAAUCCGCUUUCAAGGACCAAGAUGUCGUCAUUUCAGCCAUUGGUGCCACUGGCUUCGGCGAACAGAAGAAGCUUGUUGAUGCCGCUAUUGGUGCUGGAGUCAAGCGUUUCCUGCCUUCGGAAUUUUCCUCCAGUAGUCAAGAUUCUGCCGUUCUUCAACUGCUGCCCCUCUUCAGCCAGAAAUCUGAAAUGAUUGAGUAUCUCAAGACAAAACAAUCACCCGGCUUUUCUUGGACAGGUGUUGCUACCUCUCUCCUGUUUGAUUGGGGUCUGAGAAAUGGGUUUCUUGGGUAUGAUAUUGCUAAUAAAACCGCUACCGUUUGGGAUGGUGGCGAUAAACGCUUCACUCUUACGAACGAAAGGGAUCUUGGCAUUGCCAUUACAUCAGUACUCAAGAAGCCAGAGGAAACUUCCAACAAGUAUCUCUUCAUCUCUUCCGUUGAAACCACUCAAAAUGAGAUUCUCACUGCUCUGGAAGAGGCUACUAACACUAAAUGGACCAUCAACAUCACUACCACAGAAGAGCAAGUGAACGAUGCUUUCCAGAAGCUAACUUCUGGUGACCUGAAUGGCGCUUUCGCUCUAGUUCGAGCAACCAGCUAUAGCAACACGCCUGGUCUCAAAUCGAACUAUGCUCAGGACGAGACAUUGUCAAAUGAUCUUUUGGAACUGAAGGCUUCUAGUGUUACCGAGACUGUCAAGCGUGUGGUUGCCUAG